GAACAAAAUGUCGUUUUAAACACAGUAAUUUCCACGUGCACGUAUGUGUUGGCAGCUCUGUAAGAUUUUCCAUCUGUGUACCAGUGGCAUAGAGUGUGGUUGUGUGUGUGAUUGAUAUUGUGGCGUAAUUUGUUUUCGAUAUGAUUAAUUGACAUUAUUUUACAUUAAGGGUAACGCAUAAUAGGAAAUAAUGGAUUAUAAGGACGAACAAAUCAACGAAAUUGAAGCUUUAGAUUCAAUAUAUUGUGGGGAAAUGGAAAUUCUAGGCAGUACUCCACACCACAAAUUUAUAAUUCCAAUAAAAUCAGAAGAAUAUGAACCCGACACGGAAAAUGGACUGAAAUGCAAUUUGAAGUUCAGUUACACAUCAAAAUAUCCAGAGGAAAUACCAGAGGUGGAGAUAUGUGAUUCAGAAAAUUUUGAAGAGGAGGAUGAAGCAGUAUUAAAGGAGCAUAUAAUUCAACAAGCUGAAGAGAACCUAGGAACUGUGAUGAUUUUUACAUUAGUUUCAUCAGCACAAGAAUGGCUUAACACAAAGUGGGAUGAAAUACGUAAAGCAAGAGAAGAAUAUGCAAUAUUAAAAGAGAAAGAAGCAGAAGAGGCAGAAAGGAAAAGAUUUGAAGGAACAAGAGUUACAGUAGAAUCAUUUCUUGCAUGGAAGGCAAGAUUUGAUGUGGAAUUUGGAGUGAAAAAAAUUCAAGAAAAAGAUGACAAGGAAACAAGGAAGUUAACAGGAAGAGAAUUAUUUCUGACAGAUAAAACCCUUAAUGAAUCUGAUCUCAAGUUUCUUGAAGAUGGUGGAGAUUCUAUUAAAGUUGAUGAAUCCCUUUUCCAAGAUUUAGAAGAACUAGAUCUUGAUCCAGAUGAUGCUCUUGAUGAUAGUUCUUAGCUGGUUAUGAAUAUAUUUUAAUUUUCUUAAAUUUGUAUGCUGGUAUGAAUGAAUGAAUGGUGAAGCAAAUAUUGUGUAUGUAUAUUACUUAGUAAAUAUAAGAUUUCAGUAUUGGUCUUCUGGUUAGUAAUGCCACACGUGCAUAUAGGUAGGUACCAAUUGAAGAUGGGGGCAGUAUAUUCCUUGAAAACAUUGGCAUCUCUCUACAUGUACACAUUGUUGUAACCCAGAAGAUCAACAUUGACCUCUUCACUGCCGUGGGAACCUCAAAUCUCUUAAAUAUAAGAUAUUUUGUGUUUGAGGCUGAUGAGUAGCUUCAGUAGUGUUUUAUUUCAACUGGUUCAAAUCAGCAGUCAUAGAAUACUGUGUACACUCUAUAGCAUUGACACAUUUGUGCCUUUAGUCUACUCUGAAGUUAUUCCUAAACAUCUCUUAGUCUACUACAAGUACUUUGUCAAAACCUAUUCACUGAAUUUUGUUAAAACAGCAAUACUGUGUUAAAGUUCAAAACUUCUUAUGCUUCAGACAUAUAUUAUAUUCUGAAAAUUAAGAAAGAGCUGGUAAUUGGGGCUGUGAGCUGAUGAAAAUGUUUAUUAAUCAGCUAUUUACUAUUAAUUGAUUAAUUGCUUAAUUAGUCAAUUAUAAAUACACCUUGUUACAAGAUGUACCAAUUAAUGUGUUAGUAAAUAUACAUCUAUAAUAUAUUAUGCAUCUAAUUUGAUAUAUGAUUGUAGUUCAGAGUGUGUUUUAACUUUUCACUGCCAUGUUGGAUAGCUUUCCUGUAUGUCACAUGAAAAUAUUGUACAUUGACCCUUUGCUACGCUAUUUGAUUUUUUCAGCCCAAAAUACGAUUAUAAAAUUAAUUACAUUUUUUAAAUAAAUGCUUCAACAUUGUUAAAAAUGUUUUGUGCGUGAAAUCAUUGUUCCCCAUAUCAUCAAUUGAGUUUAUAUAGCCACAUUUUAUGGUUGCCAAACAAAUGGGCAGAUGUCACUCAGCUAUUGAGGUAACUUGACGAGUAAAAGGUUAAUUGGCAAUAUAAAGAGUGACAGAUGGGAAGUUUCCUGCAGCAUCAGUUUUAAGUUUAAUCGAGACCUCUAUAAUCUUUGACCAAGCAUACAUACCAUGAAUGUAUCAUUAUAUAUACUCAGUUUUCUUGUACUUAACAGUGGAAGGGUGUUUAUGUAAUAAUUGAAAGUAAAUUUUUGGAUUUUGAGCUUUGGAAGUUUGGUAGCAUUAGGUCAUGAAUCUUAAUUAACUAAGUAAGAAAUACUUGAUUAAAACUUAAUUUAUUAUUAAUUUGAUCCUUUCAUUGUGACAAUCCUAAUAAUUAUGUGUUGAAUGUGCCCAAGCAUUUGCUUUUAUGUAAAUAUUUAAAAGAACAACUGACAACCAUUCUUAAUUUUUUAAAAGACACUACCAAGUUCCAUGAUAAUUGUCAAAUUAUGUUCAUUGCCCUACAAGUUUGUAUUAAAAUGUGUUUAAUAGUUUUA